UUUCAACCGUCGUGCAGUGCGAUUCCCAUCCUUUAUUCGCUCCGAUUCUCGCCGAUAAUAUUCAACUCGACUAAUAUCCUUUCGGUCAAAAGGAAGAACAAGGAAACAUGCGUGUGAUCACAGUCAACCUUUUGCUGAUGGCAAUCUGUGCUAGCUCAACUCUUUGGCCAGCGAAUGCCCUGGAAUGCUACAGUUGCGUUGGAAGCGAGUGCCAUGUGGAAACGGUUCCGACGGUUACUUGCACUCUAGAUGAUGUCUCUGCCGCUUUUGGCUUGGAUACGAUGACCGCCUUCAAUCCGUUCAAGCGGUCUCUUCUUUCCGUGAUGCCACGAGCUGCAGACGACGACUCCACAACGGGAUCAACUACAAUUGAGGAUUCUUCAACAACUGCUUCAGCUUCUACAACAGAUUCUUCAACAGCCUUAUCCACCACAAAUGGAGAUUCUAGCACCAGUUCUUUGGCUUCUUCCACGUCAGAUUCUUCAACCUCCGAUUCAUCGACCGCUUCCUCCACCACGAAUGGAGAUUCUAGCACCAGCUCUUUGGGUUCUUCCACGACAGAUUCUUCAACCUCCGAUUCUACAACAGAUUCUUCGACUGCUUCCUCCACCACGAAUGGAGAUUCUAGCACCAGUUCUUUGGCUUCUUCCACGUCAGAUUCUUCAACCUCCGAUUCAUCGGCCGCUUCCUCCACCACGAAUGGAGAUUCUAGCACCAGUUCUUUGGGUUCUUCCACGACAGAUUCUUCAACCUCCGAUUCUACAACGGAUUCGUCGACUGCUUCCUCCACCACGAAUGGAGAUUCUAGCACCAGUUCUUUGGGUUCUUCCACGACAGAUUCUUCAACCUCCGAUUCUACAACAGAUUCGUCGACUGCUUCCUCCACCACGAAUGGAGAUUCUAGCACCAGCUCUUUGGGCUCUUCCACGUCUGAUUCUUCAACCUCCGAUUCUACAACAGACUCAACGACUGCUUCCUCCACCACAAAUGAAGAUUCCAGCAGCAGUUCUUUGGGUUCCUCCACAACAGAUUCUUCAACCUCCGAUUCUACAACCGAUUCGUCGACUGAUUCCUCGACUACAAAUGAAGAUUCUAGCAGCAGCUCUUUGGAUUCCUCCACUACAGAUUCUUCAACUUCCGAAUCUUCGACUGUUUCCUCCACCACAAAUGGAGGUUCAACCGCCACAGAUUCGUCGUCGUCCGAAUCUUCCACCACUUCAACAACUUCUUCGCCGCCCAUAAGCACUUCACCUUCUCCCCCAACAAAUUACAAGAUUGCGGCCUGUUACAGCAUCUACAAGGACGGAGUGUUAAACCGUGGUUGUGUUAAGGUUCCCGAAGAAGAAUCCGGCUGCAUGGCUGUUCGAAAGGAGCUUGACAUAACAGAAGACUCUGCCGAUCAGUGCGAUAUCUGCUUGACGAAUCGGUGCAAUGGAAGCACUAGCCUGAAGGUUUCACUUGGCGCCAUGAUUCUUCUCUUGGCGAUGGGACUUAAAAACGUGCUUUAAGAGAUAGCCGGAGAAUACUAUGAAUUAUGUACAUAUAUAUUUGUUAGUAAUUUGAAUUCAUUAUUAAAUAAUAAACGCUUACCUUGUAUCAAUUUA